CCCGCAUUCCUCCCGCCGCCUUCAUCUUCCCUGCACCCUCCACUACCGUGCCUCUUCCCCAAAAUGCACAAUACAUCCCACUGACACUCCCCCACAGGCGACUAUCGCCAUCCAGAUCAAGACGAAGACAACCCCACCAAUCCCUUCAUGGAUCCCCGGCGACAACAACAACACCUCGCCCCCGCCCGCUACCAAUCCCCCGCAUACCAACUCGACGACCGACCCUACCAUGAAGACCAAUAUGAGCAGGGACAUGCGCUGGAGAUCCCAGUGGGGCCUGGCCCGCGAGUGCACACGCCAGGAGAUCGGCUACAGGCACAGCCAACCUACUCCGUCACGAACAUGCCCAACACUUACGGUCACCCCGAGGCCUAUGAAGACGCGCAUAUCCACCAGUACACCCCCAACCCCUACCAGCAAAGCAUACAUCAAGGCACAGGAGACUAUAGCCUUACCCCCGUACACGACCAGGGCCAGGGCGAAUACUUCUCGCAUGCGUACAAUGCUGAAGUGCACGACGGGGAGUUUGAUGCACCGCAACAUCCAUAUUAUCAAGACGAGUCAGAUCGCCGGCCAAUUCUCCAGCCUGCCGGCAAUUCCUUCGGCCCAAAUCCGGAGGCUGAUAUUGGCACCCCUGGUAUAGACCCUGGCCGCUUGGAAGGAGGAUAUGAUGCGCCUCAGCAAAGACCAGCGGCGGCUCCCAUUCGUAGAUGGAAGACGGUCAAGGAAGUCCAACUCUUCAAUGGCAACUUGGUCUUGGAUUGUCCCGUUCCGCCGCGACUCUUGAAUCAGGUACAGCACGCUCAGCCACCGGAGAGAGAUGAAUUCACGCACAUGAGGUACAGUGCUGCGACCUGCGAUCCCAGCCAGUUCUACGACAAGCGCUUCACUCUACGACAGCGUCUCUUCGCCAAACCCAGGCAUACCGAGCUCUUCAUCGUCAUCACAAUGUACAAUGAAGAAGACGAGCUGUUCGCGCGUACCAUGAUCGGUGUCAUCAAGAACAUCGAAUACAUGAACUCGCGAACCUCCUCCAAGACGUGGGGCAAGGAUGCAUGGAAGAAGAUUGUCGUCUGUGUCGUGUCCGACGGCCGUGCCAAGAUCAACCCUCGCACUCGGUCAGUGUUGGCAGCCAUGGGUGUGUACCAGGAUGGGAUUGCGAAGCAGCAGGUCAACGGCGAGGAUGUCACUGCGCAUAUUUAUGAAUACACCACCCAGAUGGGACUCGAUCUCAAGAACCACGUUGUCCAAGUCAAGAAGGGCAACACCCCCGUGCAGAUGCUGUUCUGCCUCAAGGAGAAGAAUCAGAAGAAGAUCAAUUCGCAUCGAUGGUUCUUCCAGGCUUUCGGCGAGGUCUUGGAUCCCACGUACUGCGUGCUCAUCGACUGCGGCACCAAGCCGGGUAGAAGCAGCAUUUACGACCUCUGGAAGGCGUUUGAGCGCGAGCCAAUGUGCGCUGGAGCAUGCGGAGAGAUCAAGGCCAUGCUGGGCAAGAAUCUCCUCAAUCCCUUGGUCGCGGCGCAGAAUUUCGAAUACAAGAUGAGCAACAUCCUCGACAAGCCUCUCGAGAGCGCCUUUGGCUUCAUCACCGUCCUUCCCGGCGCCUUCUCCGCAUACCGGUAUGUGGCGUUGCAAAACGACAAGACCGGCAACGGACCGCUCCAGCGUUACUUCCUUGGAGAGAAGAUGCACGGUGCCAACGCGGGCAUCUUCACAGCGAACAUGUACCUCGCCGAAGAUCGUAUCCUCUGUUUCGAACUUGUCAGCAAGCGGAAUUGCUCCUGGAUCCUGCAGUACGUCAAAUCGGCGACUGGCGAGACGGACGUCCCGACCGAGAUGGCAGAUUUCAUCCUCCAACGACGCCGCUGGCUCAAUGGCGCCUUCUUCGCCGCCGUCUACGCCCUCUCCCACUUUGGCAACAUCUGGCGCAGCCAUCACAGCGCAGGGAGGAAGUUUGCAUUCAUGAUUGAGUUUGUCUAUCAGAGCUUGCAGAUGGUUUUUGCCUGGUUCGCUGUGGGCAAUUUCUUCUUGGUCUUCCGCAUCUUGACCACGAGCCUGGGCGAUCCUGAUUUGCUGGGACUUGCGGGCAGGAUCAUGAGUGUGAUUUUUGAGUGGCUUUAUCUCGCUACCCUCGUCACCUGUUUCGUGCUCGCAUUGGGCAAUCGGCCGCAGGGGAGCAACAAGUUCUACAUGACGCAAGUCUACUUCUGGGCCGUCCUCAUGUGCUACCUCCUCUUCGCCGCCAUCUUCAUCGCCGUCAAAUCCAUCCAAACCCAACUCGCGCUGCACACCCACUUCACCGUUACCCUCCUCUUCACCGACAAAAUCUUCCUUACCCUCAUCGUCUCCAUGGCCUCCACCUGGCUCCUCUACCUCGUCUCCUCUAUCCUCUUCUUCGACCCCUGGCACAUGUUCACCUCCUUCCUCCAAUACCUCCUCCUCACCCCCACCUACAUCAACAUCCUCAAUGUGUACGCCUUUUGCAACACCCACGACAUCACCUGGGGCACCAAGGGCGACGACACCCCGGAGAAACUCCCCGCCGCGAAUCUGAAACCCGGCGGCAAGGUGGACGUCGCCAUCCCCACCGACGACGCGGACCUCAACUCCCAGUACGAAGCGGAGAUCCGCGCCUUCAGCACCAAAUGGAUCGCCCCCAAAAAAGUCGUCGACGACCAAACCAAGCACGAAGAUUACUACAAAGGCUUCCGCAGCGCGGUGGUGCUCGCGUGGAUUUUCUGCAAUUUGGCGCUCGCGUCGGUCGUGCUGAAUGUCGGCGGCAUCGAGCAGUUUAGUCAGAAUGCGACGACGGGGCAGGACAAUGAGUUGGUGGUGGAGAAUCAGCGCAGCACGAUUUAUAUGGCUGUUGUGCUGUAUUCUGUUGCUGGGUUGGCGGCUGUGCGCUUUAUUGGGAGUUGUUGGUUUUUGGUUGCGAGGAUGUUUAGGGGGAUAUGAGCUUGUAGCUUAUGUAUGGAUGGAAUGGAAUGCACUUUGUGCUUUCAAUACCCU